AUGUAUAUUGAUAAAGAUCAAAGAAAUUGGCAUCUAUUACUACCUACAGUGAUGAUGUCAAUGAGGUCAUCUCCUAAUACUGAAACAUCAGGAUUCAGUCCAUUUAAAAUGAUAUUUGGUAGUGAAAUGCGAUUACCAUAUGACACUACUUUAAUACCAAGAGAAUCGUUAAGCACAGACGCAAAAAUACAUAUUGAGCAAUUGUUUGAAAGACUAAGACUGAUUCAUACACAGGCUAAACAAAAUACAGAGUUAACACAAAAAGAAAGUAAAGAAAAACAUGAUGUAAUAGCAAAAGAAUCCGUCUUUGUUCAAGGAGAUUUAGUACUGCUCAAAGUGCAUAAAUCUAAACCAGGAUUAUCUCACAAACUACAAGACCAAUGGUCAUCAAAUAUCUACUACAUCAAAUACAAAGGACCUCAUGACACUUAUAAAAUUGCAGAUUGUCAAACUGACAAAAAUCAUAUACCCCUAGUAAAUGCAAAAAACUUAAAAAUGUAUAAUGAUCCAAAGAAUUAUAGGGUAGAAUAUAAAAAUUCAACUGAAAAUGGUGGGAUAAUAAAUACUGACAACAAUUAA